AUGAAUCUCGCCAUGUCCUCCCCCAACCCUAGGGUCAUCCUUGGCCUCAUGACCUUUGGUCCUGACGAGAAGAAGGGCGCUCGCAUCACCAGCGUCGACGACUUCAACGAAUGCCUUUCUCAUCUUGCAGAACGAGGCUACUACGAGCUUGAUACUGCGAGAGUAUACAUUGAUGGCGCACAAGAGGCUUUCACGGCGAAGGCAGGCUACAAAGACAAAGGCUUCAGCAUCGCUACCAAAUGCUACCCAACACCAGGCGUUACAUCUCAUAAACCGGAAGUGCUAAGGGAGAAACUGGAGACGAGCUUGAAAGAGCUGGAAACAGAUACCGUCGAGAUCUUCUACCUACAUGCUGCAGAUCGAAGUACGCCUUUCGAGGAGACGCUUAGGGAGGUGGACAAAAUGCAUAAAGAGGGCAAGUUUGUACAGCUGGGCUUAAGCAAUUACACGGCAUUUGAGGUGGCAGAAGUGGUCAUGACUUGCAAGGCGAAUGGAUGGGUCAGGCCUACGAUCUACCAAGCGAUGUACAAUUGCAUAACACGCUCUAUCGAAGCUGAGCUCAUUCCAUGCUGUCGACGCUACGGACUCGACCUUGUCACCUACAAUCCUCUAGUCGGCGGCCUCUUCAGCGGCAAGAUCAAAGCCAAAGAUCUGGUCCCUACCGAAGGACGAUACUCGGACAAAGAUACAAAGCAAGGCAAGAAUUAUCGUGACCGCUACUUUAAAGACGCAACGUUCCAAGCAUUGAGCAUGAUCGAGCCGGUAGCAAAAGAACACAAUCUUACACUGCUGGAGGUUGCCUUAAGGUGGAUGAGGUGGCAUAGCAAACUCGAGAUGACACCACCCAAGAGAGACGGCGUCAUUAUUGGUGUGAGCUCUUUCGAGCAGCUGAAAGGGAAUCUUGAUGAUUUGGAGAAGGGGCCUUUGCCAGACAAGGUCGUUGAGACCCUGGAUCAGUGCUGGGCGGUUUGCAAGGGGACGGCUCCAAACUAUUGGCAUCUGGACUUGAAGUAUACGUAUGAUACAGUGGCAACCCUCUUCCCGCCGAAGAGUUAG